AUGUUAGAAGUAAGGGCUGACAUAGUGCACCCAUCUAAUGAGAAUUUGUUUGCAAACCCAUCAACUAAGGACAGAUGGCUUAGUGGAUACCAUGUUAUAAAAAAGUUGGCUGAAGAGUCAGGAACUUCAAACAAAGACUUAUUUACAUCUACUCGCUUAUGUAAACAAAUUGCAAUGGUUCUGCAAGUCUCCAAUUUUUCAGAAACUGACAUGGAGCAAUUCGCAAACUUUAUGGGUCAUACACAAAAGACCCACGCAGAAUAUUAUCGACUUUCACAAGACGUUUACCAAACGGCCAAAGUGUCCAAAAUUUUGAUGGCAAUAAACAAAAGCGACUCAUCCCAGUUUAAAGGCAAAUCCUUAAAUGACAUUAAGGUGUCUAAAAAUGAUUUGGUAGAUUCAGAGAGUGAUUCAGACAAUAAAUCUCUUGGUAAUUUCAAUAGUCGCAAAACAUGUAUUAAAAACCCCACCAACACUUUAACAAAAGAUAUAAACACUUCUGGAACUUCUAUGACCGACAAUGAGGAUAUGAAGAUUUCUGGACCUUCUAAAGCCAAGUGCGAAGGUUCGCAUAUUUCAUGA